CGUCGAAUAGCCGAACCAUGCAUCUCUUUCUUUUUAUAGGAAACAUCUGAGAAGAGCUUAGAAGAAAUUUUUUCCUCCCGGGUGCUAUGUAACAAAUGCGCUCGCAGACCAGUAAGGUGUGACCAAAAUGACUGCACUGACUUGUCUCUUAGACAAGAUAAAAAGGGAAAUUAGGGAAGUGGACCGAGGACUAAGACAUUUGCGAUGUCUAGCAGAGGUGAACGCGCGUUGCCUGUGCAGUGUAUAUCUGCAUCCUUUCUGCACUUGUAGAGUCCACCCAUUUCCCUUCUGCCUGUGUGGUACCCGCCGAUAUUCACACCUCUGUUGCCUGUGUGAUCUAUAUCCAUACUGCUUGUGUGACAGACAUCACUACUGUCCAUUUCGACCAUCACUCAGAAGUCUGGAGAGGAGAACCUGUCGAUUCCUACAGGAGGAAAAGAGAGAACUGGCUAAGCUGAGAAGACAAACAAAUAGGAUGCUGGUAGGAGACCUCGACAGGAGUAGCGUUUUAGCAUCGGUGGAUAUGUGUGAAUUUGAACCGGAUCAAGUGAAAGUCAAAGUGAAAGACGGGAAGGUGUCCGUGUCGGCAGAACGGGAGAACACAUACGAGUGUCUUGGAUCAAAGAAUUACAGCUACAUGAACAUCUGCAAGGAGUUCAAUUUACCUCCAGGGGUGGAUGAGAAGGAUGUGAUCUAUUCUUUCGGAACUGAUAAUGUAGUGAAGAUAGAAACUCUAUGUGAACUUCCAGGAUAUUAUGAAAGGAAGAUGAUACUGUAAAGACAUACAGGCAGUAGGACAUACAGACGAUAGGCUGGUUUAUAGUAGUGUUUAUUACAAGGCAAUAUUCUCAUGGAGAGUGUUUUAAUGAUGGUGCCUAUUGCCAGUGUUUAGACAGCUCUUCUGGUGAUUUCUCUCCUCAGUUUUGGAGAUAGAGUCAGUAGGCUACAUAUAAAGGAAAAUUGCAAAA